UCCGCGACAUUUAAAACAAGAUAGUUCCAUGCAUUCAAAACCUGUCUUCCAUAAAAUAUUUCGUGAUCUAUCCGUUACAGACGUUUUUCCAAAUUGGCCUGUGCGUUAAUUAUUUUGAUGUAUUUCAGUGACUUUAAUUGAUUCGGGGAAUAUGAAUGAAUUGUGGCGCAGGAAUAUGCAGGCGUAGUUCCCCUCGCACAUGUCAGACCCCUAUCGGCUGUGUGAUUGCCAUACCGUAUAGGUUUAGGAAAUCCGCAGUAUCUAAAUGUAACUUGUUUUUGUUAGUUUUUACUUCGGAUGAGCGCUAUCAUCUGGACGUCGAUGGAAAACACGUCAUUUUAAACACGUUUUAAAAGAUUGUCUACAGACCAGGUAAGUAAAGCACGACAUGCCUCUUCACGGGAAGAUAGUGGUGAUCAAAAGAAGCGGGGGAGAUGGCACGGAGUUCCCUCUCACGGCCGCAUGCUUGUUCGGGAGGAAACCUGAGUGUGACAUCAGGAUCCAGCUGCCCCAGGUGUCCAAGGAGCACUGCCGCAUUGAGUUAAAUGAAAAUAAAGAGGUGAUUUUAACAAAUCUCAGCUCUGUUAAUCCAACUCAUAUAAAUGGAAAGCCUAUGCAGCAGUCUGAACGUUUGAAACAUGGAGACUUAAUCACGAUUAUCGACCGUUCCUUCAGGUUUGAAUGUCCUCCAGAGCCAACGCCAAAGAAAAUCAUACCGCCUGCUAAACGAAAAAGUGAAACUCUGCAGGUUCUACAGGAACAUCAAGUGAGAGAGGCUGAUGCUUUGGUGUCAGGAGAAAAGGGAAAAUAUCCACAAACUCCAGAACAAACUUGUUUGAAAGAUGGAACAAAUACGGUGUUGGCCAGUGUGGGUGACAGUGAUGAGGCUGUGGGAAAACAGACCUUUACCAGCCUGGACCAAAGCAAAUCAACAGCAAAAGAGGCUCUUUCACCCUUCAGUGAACUUUAUGAAAUAACAAAGCAAAGUCUCUCUGAGAAGUUGCCACGGAAAUCUGAACAACCCAAGACCCCUUGUUCAAGACGUGACUCCAAAAUGGAAGUGGUUCCUCAGAAUAAGUCAUCGGAUGAACCUGACAGUGCCCCUGGUGCUGACGUAACCCCAAAGUCUGGGCGAAGGAGCAUGAAGACAACACCAGGGAGAGAUGAGCUGGCAAGUCCCACUCAGAAGUUGCAAGAUGCCAUUGAACAAGUUGUGACUCCAGUUCAGGUAACACCAAAAGUCAGACGUUCGUUGAAGUCUCCUGCAAAGCAGCUGAACGCUGGUGUCUCUGAGGAUCAGCUGACCCCUGUCUCUCAGAAGAAAAAUCAUAUCGGCACACCUCAAAAAAUCACUGCUGCAGAAGUAGCUCAUGUCCUUUCUCAGGAUACUUCUGUGCUGGAAGACUGUACCAUCAGUAAGUCUGUGACACCUAAAACAAGGCGAAACAAGGAAGCUCAUUCUCCAGCAGGAGAAGGUGGGCCUUGCUCACCAGGUCGUCCUUUUGUCUGUACCCCAAAUCAAGCCGAGGAAAAUGGGGAGUCAGGUGAGGUUAAAGAGGAGUCCCCAAGAGCCAAAGGAGUUUCCAGUAAGAGGACGUCGCCCAGGACAACAGCAGGAAAACGUCAAGCUUUGAGUGAACUUGAAACAGCAGCACCAUCUUGUGGGGAAAAUGAAGGUGGUCAGUCAGGCCAGAAUAAGAAACGCAAAAGUGGGGACCUUGGUGGUUUGCCUGUGCCUUUGAUGAAAAGGAAGAGAGUGUCAUUUGGUGGGCAGUUGAGUCCUGAGCUGUUCGACAAGCGGCUUCCUCCAAACUCCCCCCUGCGCAGAGGGGCCACACCGGGCAGACGCAGCCUGUCUGUAUUGAAAAAACACCCUGUCUUAAGAAGAGCUUCCAUUAUUGGCUUGAUCCAGGAGCUGCCUUCUGAAAAGUCAAGUUCAGAAAAUCCAAAGGCUUCAAGCCCAAGGAGGAGAGUUUCUUCCAAAGCUGGGUCUACAAGUAGGACCCCUUCUCCUAAGAAAACACCUGCUGCGAAGAGUCAAACCCCUUCUCCGGGAAAGAUAAAAUCCCCCAAGGUGAAACCUGGUACACCAUCCAAGGAAAAGGAGCCCAAGAAAUCUCCAGGCCGGAAGUCUUCUCCUAAAACUGUCCAUCAGUCUCCAAGAAGACGCAGGUCGUCCUCGAAAGAGAACCCUCUGAUGUCAAAAGGCUUGAAGUCCCCCGCCUCUCAGCCCCAGACUCCUGUUUCAGUCUUGGGAAAGACUGGUACUCCACAUAGGAGAAAAUCAUCUUCUGCUGGUUCAAAAUCUUCACCCAAAACCACCUCUCGUGAAGGAGAAUCUCUGUCUGCCGAAAUGCCCAUAAAUGAUUCCCUGGCAAGCCAAACGCCCAUUGUACGAGGCAGGUUUUCAAUAUCACGAAUUGAAACUCCUUCACCUGUAACUGAUCAGGAUACAGCUGCUUCAGACGGUUCUGUUUCUGUAACUCCAUCUGUUCUGCUGAGGAGAGUGAGCCUCAAGUCUGCAAAGGCAACCCCCAAAAGUGCGAGGAGGAGGAGUGCCCUUGAAUUAAUUCGUUUAAGGCGAAGUGGAGCUUCUCAGGCCAAUUUGAAAGUAGUGAGUUCCUGGGCUGAUAUUGUUAAAUUUGGCACCACCAAAGCCCAGACUGAAAUCACAGCCAAGAAACGAAUCUCAAGAGGAAAAGCUGUCAGAACUGUGAAACAAAAACCAAAGCCUCCUAAGACUCCUAUUCAGAAACUCAAAGGACAUUUCAGUACGGGCCAUGCUGAAUCACCAGCUACAAUUGUUGUUGGGAAAGCUCAUGCCAAGGCCGCAUUGCCUACAGGUCAUGCACCAAAGUUUGUCCGCAACACUGCAUUAACGAAGGAAAGCAUGAAUAUGAAUGAAGAUUUAACAGGCAUUGCAGAGAUAUUCAGUACCCCUGUGAAUACAAGACGGAAGAGGGCCAAUAGUGGCAAACCCCAUAGUCCAGAAACUCCACAGGAUGUCCCUUUGGGUGAAGCCUCUGUAAUAAACACCCCUGAGGAAACAGGAGAAAUGGUAGUCUCACCAUUAAGUGUUGCCAACACUCUAAAGCAAGGAUGUUACAGCAGUGAAGCUGUUGUAAGGCUUCUCACAGAUGAUCAGGAGUGCAGCUUUACAUGCAGUGAUUCUGUACAACAGAAGGCAACUUCAGAUGUGAUUUCUUCUGAACAUGCUGAACAGCAGGAUCUUGUCCUGGAGAGGAUGGUGGGAAGCCCAAGACAAAAGCCUGAACCAGAGAUGCCUCUAACGGGAGUUAAGAGACGUAUGAAGACCCCAAAACAAAAGGCCAUGCAGAAGGAAGAUCUUACAGGCAUUAAAAGACUACUGAAAACACCCAAGCUACCAAAAGUAUCUGAAGAAGUGAGUUUAAUUGGUGUAAAGGAGCUGCUGAAAACCCCUAAGGUCAAGGGUCAACCGAUAGACAUGGUUGGAGUUCAGAGAAUGUUAACUCCCAAGGUGAAAGCUGUGCCACAAGUUUUUACAACUGGUGUCAAGCGACUGAUGCGAACUCCAAAGCGGAAGAACGAGCCUGUCGACGACAUGGUCGGAUUGAAACGGUUGAUGAGGACUCCGAAGCAGAAGAAUAUACCAGUUGAGAAUUCAUUUGGGGUAAAGCAGCUGUUGCAGACCCCCAAACAAAAGGAUGAACCUGUCGAAGACAUGGUUGGAUUGAAGCGACUGAUGAGAACUCCCAGGCAGAAGAAUGAACCUGUCGAAGACAUGGUUGGAUUGAAGCGACUGAUGAGAACUCCCAAGCAGAAGAAUGAACCUGUCGAAGACAUGGUUGGAUUGAAGAGAAUGAUGAGGACUCCCAAACAAAAAGGGAAGCCAGUUGAAAACAAAUUUGGAAUUGCCAAACUCAUGAAGUCACCCAGGCUAAGAGGAACCAUUGCAGUCGAAGAUUAUACUGGAUUACAGGAGCUUAUGCAAGAACCAGAAGAAGUACCAGUUGCCAGGAUCACUAGCAAAUGUGAUAUCUCUGAACAUGUUUGUGCCAAUCCAUGCACUUCAACGAAUGGGGAAAUAUUUACUUCUGCGGUCUUAUUUCCAGAAGCAAAGGUGGCGUUUGAGGAACCUUUGGAAUUGCCUGAAAGCCAAAGCAACACAUCUAAAAAAGCUGUUAGAGGACGUAAAAAAACUGACGUUCCAGCUGAAGAUGAAUCUGCCGACUCUAAACGUGAUCGGGCAGUAAGAGCUGCUGAGCCUAAUAUUUCUGAGGUCAAGUCAAAAAGAGGCAGGCAGACCCGGCGAGGCCUGCCAUCAACUCUGGGGGAAGAGGUUCUUACACCUGCUGUUGCAACUCCCGUUAAAACCACCCGAGGAAGAAGAGCAAAACUUGUGCCAGGAGCUGCAGAGGACAAGACGGAUGAAAAUCUGAGUAGAGGCAAAGCUGGGAAGCCAAUAGAGAGCAAUGAAACGAUGCAUGCAGAGAAGGAAAUUACAGAGCAGGGAGCUCAAGUUGAGCCUUCUGCUGAAGCCAGACAGGGCCGUAAGGCUGCAGUGGUUCCUAAAAACGCUCUUACGCCCGUCAGAAAAGCUGGUAGGGGGAGAACAGCAAAGCGGAUGGCUGAUACGAAGGCCACUGUUGAGAUGCAAAGCGUUGAAACGGAGCUCCAAAGCCCCACCAAGGUGGUGGAUGGUCAUGGCCAAGAGCUUGCGUCUUCACCCCAAGUGACUAAACCGAGAAGAGGAAAGAAGACUAGAUCUGAUGAAAAUAAUACUGCCUCAGAAAGUUUGAGAGAGGAUGUAUCAAAAAAAGAAACCAAUUUGGUUACUGUAGCUGAAGAGCCAGCCAGUCCUAUCGUGAAGCCUCACCGUGGGAGGAAGCCAAAGACCCUUGUGAAGGAGGUAGAGCAGCCAUCACCUGCUGUGUUGCCAGCUAGAAGAAUGUGCCGGGGUGGGCCCUCUGAGGCCGCUGCAGUGACUGGUUCUCCUUCUGUCCACUCAUCGAAACCUGGUCGUGGAAAGAAAGUGCUGGAUACUCAGGAAGAGAAGCUGGUUCAACCCGAUGCAUCCUCCACUAAAGUUGGAAUAAAGUCCAUCAGGAACACCAGAGGGUCACGUAAAAAUAAUCCGAUUGCAGACGCUGGAACUGCCAGUGUUUGUGUUGCCGCUCCUGUACCUUCCAAGGUGGAAUCCAUGGUUCCGCCAAAUGAAUCCCCAGGGCUGGAUAACCUUGUCAUUGAAAAUAAAAAGAACACAACCAGAAGAGGAAAAGCUGCCCCUCAAGAUUCUGAAGCCAACAAAGCUGAUAAAAAAUCAGCAGUGGAACAAACGGUUGCCAUCAAAGCAGCGGUGAAAAGGGUUGUUUCAAAGAAAACAGCAAAGUGGGAUUUGGAGAUACCUGACAGCCAAGAUGUAACAGAGUUACCAGGCUCUAAGAAAAGGUCCGGUGUAGCGGGCAGAGAAAUUGUGGACAUGUCAGCUGAAAAAACCACUGAACCGUCAACAAAGCCCCGUCGAGGAAGAGGGGCGAAAAAGCCAAGCUCUGAGUGUUCAGAGCCUGUUGUAUCUGAGCAGCGCAGUGCUACGCAGUCAGAGUCAACUGCACCUCCAUUGAAAAGCUCAAAAGUUAAUGAGCCUGCUGCUAAGAAUGUUACUGCAGCGAAAAGAGGCACAAAGCGGACGAUUGCACGCGACGAGUCAGUUGAGCAUUUGGAAGAGGCCUCCACGACAUCUCCAAGUAGACUUUCGACCACGAAAAGGGUGAGAGGCAAGGCUGCUCGCCUAGAAGAGAACAAGCCUGCGGCCAAUCAAGCUCGGGGACAAAGAGGCCCUCUGAAGAAGGCAGUGAAAACUACAGAAAAGCUGGAAGGAUCUCAAAAGGUAGAAACCCCAAAGCCUGUUGGAAGGAGCAGGAAAAGGGUGGUGCAGCACAUGGAACCAGAACCUGUAUCCCAUGACAAACAGCCAGGCAGAGGAAAUGCCAGGAUAACAGAACCAAGUGAUGGUGGCAAAGUGAAAAGUGCGGCCCGUGGAAGAAGAAAGUCUCCAACCAAGCCUGAGGCCCCGAGUGUCACAGAAGCCAGACCAGUGAGAAGCACAAGGCGAAAGUGACCUUUUUGAUCUGAGGUUCUGCUUUUUGUUUAAUAUAUUUUAGUCUUACAUGUAAAGCGUCCUUUGGCUGUGACUGCUUUCAUUGCUGUGCUUUCAGAUGCUUUUUAUCUUUUCGCUUUUGUAUAUAUGUAUUGGUAGGUUUUUACUUUUUUAAGAGCAACAUUACACUGAACGUUUUUUGUGUGUGUGUAAUUGCCAGCUGCCAGUAAAUUACUCGCAAAUGUGAAAAAUUUAAGGGAUUAUAAAAAAAGGCUAAUUCCUUUUUUUUUAUACAAAAAGCACUGGGUAUUCAAUAUAUAUUUUUGUGAAAAUGUCUAUUGCUUGUUUUUUUUUUUUUUUUUUUUAAUCCUGCCCGCUAAGAAAAUUCUCAAUCCAGGAAAGUUUGUUUAAUAACAUUCUAAACAAAGAUGAAAACCUUUUGCUUUGACAUUGAUAAGAUUCACAAUUUUCUAAUUAGACCAUGGUUAAACUUUGGCAUUCAUUUUUCUUCCUAGUGACUUUUCUGAGAAUUUUUUUUUUUUUAAAUGUAAUUUCACAGUAGAUAUUAAAAAUUAAGAACUGCAGGAGACUGACACAAAAAUGAGAAUUCAUUUCAAGCAAAGCCCCAUAGACUAAAUUCACCCUAAUAGAAUUGUGCAUUGGGGCUUUGAAUCGUGAUACUUGGUCACACGGGGAAGACUUGUCAAAACCAGUAUUGUUAAUCUGUAGUUGCAUGCACACUACCAAACCAAUCAGUAAAGUCACUUAAGGGGAAUGUGAAUAUUAUCAAAGAGCGCUAAAUUGGCACGUAAUUAAAGCUUAUUUUUUUUGCAUUUUAAAAAUCAGGAUUUGCCAUUGGAACCUUUCCUCAUUUUAAUAUUCAUAGCCGCAAUUUACGUUAAACCCCCGCCCAACUGCAUUUUGCCUAUUUUUUCCAAGUAGUUUUAGUUGCUAUGUAGUUAAAUUCGAUUUUUUUUGCAGAUUAGAAAUUUCAGCUUGAUAGGUUUUUAUAUGUAUAUUUCAUUGAGGUGUCUGUAAUUCAUACUCAGGUUUUUUUUUUAUAAAAACAGCCAGUAAAUGUUCCAGAAAAUCGCAGACUUAUUUUUUUUUCACUGAUGCUAAAAUAAACUGUUAAAAAAAAAAAAAACUACUUGUCUGUAUUAAUGCUUUACCGCAUUAACUGACUUUGCAUAUACAAUAUUAAGACUGCAAAACAAAAAGCCUGUAAAGUUUAAGCAGGGACAUGAAUGGCUUUGAGAACAUCACCCUCGAAGCGGAGUUUGGGCUUUUUCAGAUAGUGGUUUACUGUCAAACAGGAAUGAAGCGUAACAGCCUUCACUUGUGCUGUGUCUUGAUAAAUGCAUGUUUAACAGUUCAGGGCAUAGGCUAAAAUCUAUUUUCUUUUAUUCUGGAGCCAUUCUAUAAAUGUCCUGUCCUCAUACUUUGAAUGAUUUCCAAAUGGUGCUUGCAGCAAUUAAUCAUGUGGGGUUCAAAUGUGGUUCCUUGUAUCUGUAACGUUUCAAAUUUUAAUCUAACCUUAGUUUCUCCUUUUGAGACCCCUCGUGUAUCUUCACUUUGUUUACCUCAAAUUAAACUUCAGCUGAUUGUUUA